UGGUUGCGUCAUUCAACCACAAGUGGAAUGUAAACAAAAUUAUUAUUAUUAUAGGUGUAUUUACUAUUGCUAGUCUAACUAGAGCGCUUUCUCCGUUCGCCUGUAUCUAUUUAGCACAAACUCUCUCUCCUAAAGUCGCCAAGUGUCCCUCUAAUGACAAAGACCUCACUCAAGCUGUUGAACUACUGUCAGCUGCACAUCUCCCUAUAUUAAAAGAGAAAAUAUGCUCACUUCAUUUCUUGGCAAGUUGUUCUGGGGCAAGGAGAACCCUCAAGAGGAAGAGGUGGACCAAGAGGGGGUGACUACUGAAGAUGGGGAGGAGGGUUGGUUACUGGUAAACAGAGCAAGAGAGUCUGCAGGCUCAACGUCUAGCACUGGUCCACAAGACUGGGAUAUGGAGUCUAUGGCUUCUGAUGGUUCGUGGGUGCUAAUGCCAGCCACAACCUUCACUGGAGGCCCUGCCCCUGCCCCUACACAUCCAAUGGAGGACCUCCUUAUAGAGCACCCCACCAUGUCCGUGUACCAGGAGCCAGCAGGAAGGUCUGAUGAGGGACACGAACAAGACAACAGUAAUUUAGAGGCUGCCCGUUUAGAGAGAGAAGUUGCUCUGAGAAACAGGCGUCGUACAGAACUAGCCCAGCACCUCCAAAUACCAUUGCAGGAUAAAGGCUCAGUGAGGGUGAGGGGGGCAAAUAGGAGCAAGCAAGGGAAACUGACACGACGUGCGCUAAAGAGACAGAACAUCAACAACCAUAAGGGUGGAAAACAGCUCAACAAAGUUCACAAGAUACCUGUCAAACCACCUGGCAAGAGGAGAUGCUAGGACUGAUAAUAAGAACACCACAGUAGCUUAGCCACCAUAGCUAGCUAGGUGAGUGUGGAUGUUGUUUUAUCCCACUUUCAGUUCUGUUGUUGUAGCAAACACAUUAUUUUAGCCUCAUUGUUUUUAGAUCACCUACACACAGUAUCCCAUAGCAACAGUCAGUAUGUGCAUUUCCACCAGAUGGCUGUAUCAUGACUAUGUUUAGACAUUAUGAUUAUACUCUAUAUA